GAGAAGCGUCGCCGUGACCGAACCGACGUGUCUCUGUAACCUCCGAGCUCUGGCCAUGGCCUCUCGACCUCCAAAGAAGAAAACAAAGAAUGCAAAGCGCGGAAAAGACUCCGAGCAACUAGAACGCUUCGACUCCCUUCGAUGGAAUUCGUCUCUGGCCGAGACCGAUGACUCUUUUUCUCUGUUCACCGGCACGAACGACCUCGAAGGAGGGUUUUUAUCGCUUGAGGAGAUUGAUGAAGUCGACUAUGGUUUGGAAAUUCCAAAACCGGAGAGUGAAAACAAGGAGGAGGACUCAAAGCAACUUACCAAGUCGAAGAAAAGGAAGCAAAGAGAUGAUGAUGAUGAUGAUGGGUCUGGGCAGUCUGGCAGUGACGCUGAAGCUGGUAGUGAGAGGAAGGUUGAUGAAGAGAUUAUAGAAGUGAAGAAACAGAAGAAAAGAAAGAAGAAGAAGAAGAACAACAACAACAACAAAAAAGACAAGACUUCCGAGGAAAAGCAGGAAUCAAAGACUGAAGUCAGCGACCCUAAGAAUGAUACAGAAGGAGAUUUGGUUGAUGAAGCUGAAUAUUAUGCAUGGAAUGAAUUGAGGCUCCACCCUAUUCUGAUGAAAUCAAUACAUAGGCUUAGAUUCAAAGAACCAAUGCCGAUACAAAAAGCUUGUAUUCCUGCAGCUGCUCAUCAAGGAAAGGACGUCAUUGGUGCUGCAGAGACAGGAUCAGGGAAAACACUUGCAUUUGGUUUGCCGAUUUUGCAACGACUCCUUGAGGAAUGUGAAAAAGCUGGUAGGCUGGUUGCAGAGAAAGGAGAGGCAUCUGACGAAAUUGCUCCAAGAGGGCUUUUGCGUGCUCUUAUCAUUACUCCUACUAGAGAGCUUGCACUUCAGGUUACUGAUCAUCUUAAGGAAGUUGCAAAAGGUACCAAUAUUAGGGUAGUCCCAAUAGUUGGUGGAAUGUCAACAGAAAAGCAGGAAAGGCUUCUGAAAUCAAGGCCUGAGAUUGUUGUUGGAACUCCAGGUAGGCUGUGGGAACUUAUGUCGGGUGGAGAAAUCCAUCUUGUCGAGUUGCAUUCACUAUCUUUCUUUGUGUUGGAUGAGGCUGAUCGUAUGGUAGAGAAUGGUCAUUUUCGUGAGCUACACUCCAUAAUUGACAUGCUUCCAAUGACAAGUAGCUCACAUGAAGGGCAUCUUCCAGAUGCACAGAAUUGUGUGACAGUUACAAACCUCCAGAGGAAGAAAAGACAAACAUUUGUGUUUUCGGCAACUCUAGCUUUAUCUGCUGAUUUCCGCAAAAAGCUAAAGCAUGGGUCACUGAGAUCAAAGCAACUGAUGAAUGGUGAAUUAAAUUCUAUAGAAACUCUCUCUCAACGGGCAGGCAUGAAAGAAAAUGCUGCCAUUGUUGAUCUGACAAGUGAAUCAAUUGUGGCAGAUAAACUUGAGGAGUCAUUUAUUGAAUGCAAGGAAGAAGACAAAGAUGCUUAUCUAUACUAUAUAUUGAGUGUUCAUGGACAAGGCCGCACAAUGGUUUUCUGUACAUCAAUUGCAGCUUUACGCCAUACUUCUUCCCUUUUGCGGAUUCUUGGAAUUAAUGUUUGGACACUUCAUGCUCAGAUGCAACAGCGAGCUCGCUUAAAGGCAAUUGACCGUUUUCGUGCAAAUGAACAUGGUAUACUCAUUGCGACUGAUGUUGCAGCAAGAGGACUUGAUAUUCCUGGUGUUCGAACUGUCCUACAUUAUCAACUUCCACAUUCAGCAGAAGUUUACGUUCACAGAAGUGGAAGAACUGCUAGAGCCUUCUCUGAUGGAUGUAGCAUUACCUUAGUCUCACCAAAUGAUGCAUCUAAAUUUGCUGCUUUGUGCAAAUCAUUUUCAAAGGAAGGUUUUCGACGAUUUCCUGUAAAGAUCUCUUAUAUGCCAGAAGUUGCCAAACGAUUAUCUCUUGCACGUCAAAUAGACAAGAUUUUGCGGAAGGACUCCCAGGAAAAGGCAGAGAAAAAUUGGUUUGAACGAAAUGCUAAAUCAAUUGAAUUAGAUAUGGAGGAUGAUGAAAGCGAAGAGGAAAAGGUGAACAGUUAUAAGCAAAAGAAAGCCAAUACCACGCAUCUAAAGAAGCUGCAACAGGAGCUGAAUAUGCUGCUUUCACGGCCUCUGCAACCAAAAACAUUUUCACAUCGCUUUUUAGCAGGAGCUGGUGUUUCACCUCUUCUUCAACACCAAUUUGAAGAAUUAGCUACACAGAGGCUUGGUAACAUCACAAAUUCAAGAGAAGGCAAAAAAGGAAAAUUAAUGGUUAUAGGUCAGGAUUGUGUGGAACCACUACAGGCACUUAAAAAUGCUGGUCAUGAGAUCAUGGAUCUGAAAGAAAUUGCAGAAAAACGACGAAAUGUAGAAAACUUGAGGCGGAAGAGAAAAGAGGAGAAGAAACGUUUGCGCGAGCAACGCAGGAAGCAAAGGAAGAAGCAACUAAGAGCAUCUGAAUAGCGUGAAUAUAUACAUAUAUAUAUAUAUAUAUGUAGAGAGAGAAUUCUCACUAUCAUCAGAAGCAGAAGUUCUACAGAAAUGCAUACUGGUUAUAGCUGUGAAAUCAAACUAGUUUUCAGCAAUGGCUGUUAGUACCAAACUUUGAUCUGUUUGUUCUUCAAGUUUACCAAUUAAACUGUCUGAAGUUGACAUUGGCUUAUCUGAAUUGAGUAUGGCCAACAGUGUAUGACCAUUUCAUCUCAAUACAGCAGUUUCUUUGUUCUGUUUUA